UCCUAUUUUUUUAUAUAUAGAAAAAAAACAUUUUUUUGCAAAAGAAAUAAAAAGAGGACAAUCGAUAUUGCCUUGGGUGCCUGCCUCGCUGCAUGCCUGCCUGUGCCUUGAAGAUGCUCGUGACCCAAGUUUUGCUCCUGUGCCUCUGCCUGGGGCUAUCCCAAGGGCUGGGCUCCUUUGUGCACUGUGAACUUUGUGAUGAAAAAGCCCUUUCCAUGUGCCCUCCCAGCCCGGUGGGCUGCGAGCUGGUGAAGGAGCCCGGCUGUGGAUGCUGCAUGACCUGCGCCCUGGCUGAAGGGCAGUCUUGCGGGGUGUACACCGAGCGCUGUGCCCAGGGCAUGCGCUGCCUGCCGCGCCAAGGUGAGGAGAAGCCCUUGCACGCCCUGCUGCACGGCCGAGGGGUCUGCCUCAACGAGAAGAGCUACAGGGAGCAAGCCAAGAACGAAAGAGAAUCCCGAGAGCAUGAGGACCCAACCACUUCAGAGAUGGCAGAGGAGACCUACCCUUCCAAACCGCACAGGAACAAGGGACACGUGCGCCUCUCUGAGUCAAAGGUAGAGGCCCUGAGGAAGGAUCGCAGGAAGAAGCUGACUUCAUCCAAGUUCGUUGGUGGGGCGGAGAACACGGCACACCCUCGCGUUGCUGCCCCUGAGCUGAGACCAGAGUUUGAACUGGGCCCUUGCCGUAGACAGAUGGAGGCAUCGCUGCAGGAGCUCAAAUCAAGCCAGCGCAUGAUCCCCCGUGCUGUCCACCUUCCCAACUGUGACAGGAAAGGCUUCUACAAGAGGAAACAGUGCAAGCCAUCUCGAGGCCGAAAACGUGGACUGUGUUGGUGCGUGGAUAAGUACGGACUGAAGCUGCCGGGGACGGAUUACGUAGCCGGAGACCUCCAGUGUCACAACUUUGACAGUGGCAACACUGAGUGAAUUAUCCCUCUUUGCCUCUCCCUGCCAGAGCCCUUUCCCCCACCCACCCACCCAUUACCCACCCACACCUCACGACGUGCCCAGGAGACUGAUUCCUUUCAUCUCAUUUUUAAGAAACUGAGGACCUCGGAAUCUACGGUUAUUAUCAUCAACUUCUCUCAAUGGCAACGGCAGAGACUAAAGAAGAAAAGGCAACACUUUGAAGCCAAAUAAAUGGAUAAAUAGAAAAGGAAGGAAGGAAGGAAGGAGGCAGAAGAUGAAGGUGACAAGGCAGCCACCACCUCCCUUGGGACAUGGCCAUAAGAUAACUCUGUAGGCCGCAAUGCUUGAAAGUAACGUCACCCAGCCGCCCCGUCAGCACCAAUGUAGGAAGCUCUCAGAAGCACUUGAAUUUCGUUUUCGUUUUCUUCCCCUCCCCCUUUUUUACUAUGGUGGGUUUGAAACCUUAAGAUUUUGGGGAGUGCUUAGUUUAACCAGCAGAAUCCUAGGACAAGCAGGCCACUCACUAUUUCAAUCAACACACACACACACAUAUAUAUAUUCUGUCAAGGUUCUUUUUUCAAUUUUGUCAUUUCUCUACUCCUUCCCCCAGGGCUAAGGUUUUAUUUGCUCUCCCUCUCCCUUAUUUUCUUUUCAAAUAAAAAUCAAAUGGAUCAGAGAACAUCAGAACCUACAGCAGGGUGAAGUGAAGCUAUUGGUUAAAAAUCAAAAUUCUUCAGCUCCUGCUGGGACUGUUUCCCUGGGCAGUUAAGUAAGAGGUUUGACCUGACUAUUUGAGGUGUCAUUGUCCAUCUCUCUCCUGUGUAAAUACAGCUGUGGUGCACAUGUUU